CUAAAUUGGAUAAGUAAUUGGUGUGGUAUUUUCGCCACUUUAUCGGCUCAAUGACCACUCCCGCCAUUAAACCUCUGCUUCCACUUUCUCCUUCCAUUAAUCAGCCAUCUAGGUCACCCGCUUCAUGGAGUUUUUGCAGACCCACCUUCCCCCGGCACCGCCGACAAGUAGCGGCCUCCGUCGCCUUCAAUCCGUCGGGAAAUUUUGAACUCUCUUUGCAAGACGAUGAAGAUGAUUCUCCUAAAGUUGCACCUCCAAUGCCACCCACCGAUGGGCGAUUCGACGUGGUUAUAGACAACGAUACAAUUCGUCGUCUAGACUUAUCCCCAUUUCAGAAAACAACUGGAAUAAUCUCACCUUUAUCUACUGAGCCAAAACAGUUUCUAGAGCGUACAAUUGGUUUUACCAUCAACUAUACCCGAGAAGAUCCUUACGAUCGACGAGAAUUAUCCGAAUACCCUGACAUAAGGCUGUGGUUUGUGAGGCUUGAUUCAGUCUACCCAUGGCUACCAGUCCUAUUAGACUGGAGGGCUGGGGAACUCGCUCGCUAUGCAGCCAUGCUCGUCCCUCACCAGAUAAGUAUGAGAAUGGGGAUUGUGUUCAAUCCUGAGGCUUUGGAGUUAUUUGUGAUGAACAAAGUUUUCACUGUAUAUUCAUGGUUGAAGCAACAUGACAUUCCAAAGCCAAGAUUGAAGACUGGUAAUAUGGCUAGGAUGCUUGGAUUUGGAAUUGGAGAUGAACUUUUUGACCUGAUAGAUCAAAAUCCAGUUGCUCCACCAUAAGAAGAUUGAUCUCGGAGCUCCCUCUUCGAAUCGAUUCAAAAACGGAAUCGAGAGCCGGUAUCAUAUUUCUCUUAUGGAACUCCCACAAUUGAAUGAUAUUUGUUUCACAAAAACAGAGUUGUAACCCUUUAAUAGGACGUUUUGAACUUAUAAUAGCUUACUAUUGAUAAUAAAUAGUUGAGAAAAGUUUAUUCAAA